AGCGAACCCGGGGGGAGGAGGAGGAAGGAGAGAAAAGGAUUUUAUACUUCCACCAUCCCCAAGCAUGGCUACCCGUAGCACGGCAUCAUGCACCGGAUCCACUCUGCUGCAACCCAUCAGCGAAAUCAUCAACCUCCCCGUCGACCAGGUAAACUUCGUGGCAUGCCAGCUGUUUGCGCUGCUAAUGGCCGUGUGGUUCCGUCUCUACCUCCAUCCCAGUAAGACCAGUCCCUUUGUCAGACAUGUUGUGGCCACUCUGCUGGGAUUCUACUUGGCUCUCUUCUGCUUUGGCUGAUUUCUUUCCAUUGAACUGUGGAGAAGUAAGUGAUGAGCACGGGGCACGAUUCCACCAGGACACUGCAGCUAUGGAGGAAAGAUAUCAGGGAAAGUUGAAUCCAUCUAUGCUUGCUGACUACUGUUGGAAUGUGGUCAGGAAUGACCCUGCUGCUGAGUAUCAGAGAUGAUCCAAAAAGCGUAGUUCAGAUACUAAAUAACGGGAAAUUUGUUGUUCUAAGUGAUACUUUAGCUUGUUUUUCAUAAUAUAUUCAAUCACCUGAUGUCUUAAGAUAUUUCUUGUUUAUUCUUGAGAGAUAAAGAAAUGCAACUUACAUAUAAAUAUUAUUUUUAAGCAAAAAUGCAGAAAUCAAUUGUAUAAACAGAUGCGAUUUUGAAGCUUACUUACUCAUUGUAGGAACAAAAAAACAAAAAUCCAAAGUUUGCCAUCAAUAUACGUAACAAAAGUUAGCUGAGCAAGUUUGAAAAAGAUGCUUUUCUUCAUUUUUCUCAUGCUGCUGUGUCUGUCCUGAAGUGUUCUGUAGCCACAAACCCCUGAUCUAAGGAAAACUAGCCUGAACACUGGUGAUUCCCUUUAAAAAAUGUAUUCCCUCCAUUUCCUGGUGCAAAGUGGUUUGUCGUACAGCGUGAUCGUCUUCGCCGGCCUGGAGCACAUGCACAAAUACUGCUUCAUCGUGACGCUUGGCUACUUGAUAGUAUGUCAGGUCACACGCGUCUACGUGUUCGAUUACGGCAUGUACUCUGCAGAUUUUACUGGGCCCAUGAUGGUGAUAACACAGAAGAUUACCAGCCUCGCAUUUGAGAUACAUGACGGUAUGACCAAGCGAGAUGCACAGCUGACUCCAGGUCAGAAAUACCUUGCUAUCAGGCGCAUGCCGAGCCUUCUGGAGUACCUCAGCUACAACUGCAACUUCAUGGGAAUUCUGGCGGGGCCCACCUGCUCCUACAACGACUACAUGGCUUUCAUCGAAGGCACAUGCUACCAGCCGCGGCACCAGGCGAACGCCAACGGCAAAGAGAACGGGAAACACAAACAGAGUGAACCCUCGCCAAAGGAUGACGUCAUUUCCAAGUUGUGUACAUGUGCCAUCUCGCUGGCCAUCUAUUUGUCACUGUGCAAGCUUAUCCCAGUGGAGCGGUCCAUAGACGACGACUUCAUUACCAACACACCCUUUUACAUACAAGUUGCCUACCUUUACCUGGCCAUGUUGGCUCUCAGACCCAAAUACUACUUCGUCUGGACAUUAGCUGAUGCUAUCAACAAUGCAGCAGGAUUCGGCUUCAAUGGAUACAACAAAGACGGCUCCCCACGGUGGGACCUGAUUUCCAACCUCAGAAUUCUGGACAUUGAGUUUGCCACCAGUUUCAAGUUGUUCCUAGACAACUGGAACAUCCAGACAUCCCUUUGGCUCAAAAGGGUGUGUUAUGAGCGUUGUCCCAUCAACCCCACCGCCGCCACCUUCCUACUGUCAGCCAUGUGGCAUGGCGUAUACCCUGGCUACUACCUGACCUUCCUCACUGGCAUUGGCAUGACCAUGGCAGCACGUUCAGUAAGACACAACAUCAGACCUCACUUCCUGGUCUCUGACUCAUAUAAGCGUAUCUAUGAUGUCAUCACGUGGGCAUGGACUCAAGUUGCCAUCAGUUACACAGUGGUGCCAUUUGUCCUACUCGCUGUGGGACCCUCACUCAAAUUCUACAGAUCCUGGUACUUCUGCUUACACCUUCUGUGUCUGCUGGUGGUACUAGCCCUGCCGGUGAAGUCUCGACGCCGCAGGAUGGAAGGUCAGCAGGAGAGCCCGCGGCAGGUGGACGGCAGCGCCUCCAACCACUGCAGCCAGAAAGACAAAACCACAUGAGGCUCAGGAGAAGCAGCACUAGUGAGACGAACUGGAGACCACUGAGAGCUGGAGAGCGUGGAGAGUCUGUUUGUCGGACCAGGAACCAAAUAUUGGGCGUGCUCGGACAGAAACCGACAAUACUUCCAGUAGCAAAGGAGCACCAGAGCGAUAGUGGUUACAUUACAUUUUACUAGCGGAAAAACGGAGAUAAACUGAAUUCCAAGCUGCCUUAAACCCUCUAUGUACGUGGCAGGUGCGACAACAACAGCUACCGCUUGUACAAAGUGUAUGUGGAGGGUUUUUGUCAUUGUCUGGAAACCUUUAUCAUCAGCUGCCAACUUUCAAACAGGCCUUAGGAUCCUCAAAAUAUUGAUGGGAGUUCACAUCACAUAAUAAUAAUAAUAACAACAACAAUAAUAAUCAUAAUAAGUGUUUUGUAUUUAGAUGUUUGUGACGACACUAUUCUCAGAGAUGAAUUGAUUGGUUGAAUUGAUAGAAAAGUCCCAAAGAGGAAACCGGAUCUCGUCUUGUCUCCAGUGGUGGAAAACGUCUCGCCCAAUUGUUUUUUUUUUCUGCUGCUUUUGACCAACUUAUCAGCGUCAGAUAUCUGUGUGUUUCAAAGGGAGAUGAUUCAAUGAUUCAUUCUGUUGCGGCUUUGCGUAGUCUUCUCAAGUUUUUUUUUUUUUUUUUCAUUUUGGGUGGCUCCAUGGAUGUUAUUUUUAUUUUUAUUUUGAUUCUCCUACUUUUCAGCCUCGCCCCGAAACAAUAACUAUCAGGCAUUUCACGUCUUGUACAGUGAUCUAAUCACAUUAUGUCACCUGAACUUAAAUAGUCCUUAUUUAAUAACCAUAGUAGCCGUAAUUACCCCACUGAACGGGAAAUAAAAUGUUCCCAAUUGGUGCACAUAGAGGCCACAAGUGAGUGCAAUUUGCCUUCAUUUUAUUAUUGUGCAAAUUUUGUUUGACUUGAUAAUAUUGUACAAAAAAAAUAACAUGUAAGAGGAGGCGGGCUGUUGUGGUAACUUAUUUUUUACGUUAAGGUGCAUUUACUGUAUGGUGUAUAAGACACUGGCUUCUUUGUUUUUGUUCACUUCAAGCCUUUGAGAAACAUCGACCUGUUUAUUCUAACACACACACCCCCAGUGACGCUAUCCUGCACCCCACAUGUUGGGUUUAGCAGGCGACACACUGUUGCUACAAUAUUUUGACAUAUCCUUUAAGUGAAUGGGACGUUCAAGGUUCAUGUGUUUGGUGCAUUUGUAAAAUAACAAAGCACCCAAUUUGACAAGUUAUGGAGUUUUUUUUGUUUGUUUUCCUUUUGAGAUGGUCUAACAUUUGCAUAUUCCUGCCAUAACUGUGUGUGUGUAUGUGGUUCGUACGUCAUGUCAAUGUGGUCAACUAUAUUUGUAGCUCUGUAAAGGUGAGCACCUUUAAGAUAAAGAAAGGGAUGUCAUUCUUUCUGGAACAUUUAAGAACAUGAUUGCACUGCAUGGCCACCAAAACCAGCAGAUCAAUGCAAACUGCUUCAUAUGUCCAAAGUGCCAAAUCAUUGAAUGGCGCAUUUUUUUGUUUUUUUUUUGUGAGUGUGCAUGUGCGCCUGCCUGUGAGUGUGUGUGUGUGUGUGUGUGUGUGGAUGAGUGGGCGACUGUGUGCUUGUGUAACAUAAUGGUUAUUUUUGUGUCAGAAGGAAAUUUAUUGAAAGAUUUGUAUGACAGUUCAUUAAAAUUCUGAUUUAUGUGGCAAAAAAUAAAGAGGUUAUUUUUAAACACCAACACUGAUGUUUGAA